AUAGAAACGCGGAAGCGCGCGGCGUUCGCCGAGGGGCGGGUCCUGGAAACUGCAGAGCGAGCCCGGGGAGUGGCCGCGGGGGUCUCUCACGCCGCCCGGGUCGGGAAACGCCUACGACGGGAACGAGCCCGGCGGAGCCGGCGCGCACGCUUCCUGCGGGAGAGGUGCCAGCAGCCGGCUUGGUGCUCCUCUCAGCUGCCUGCAAUGGCUUCAGGACUGCCCAGCACUGCCGGCCUGGCGCGCUUCUGCCAGAAGCUGAAACGGCUGAAGCCGCUGGAGGAGGCCACCAUGGAGACAUCGCUGCAGCGCUGCCUGUCCGCACUGGACCUAACCCUGCUGGGAGUGGGGGCCAUGGUGGGCUCAGGCCUCUAUGUGCUCACCGGCACCGUGGCCAAGGAGAUAACCGGCCCGGCCGUGACCGUGUCCUUCACUGUGGCCGCCGUGGCCUCCCUGCUGGCGGCCCUGUGUUACGCGGAGUUUGGGGCACGCGUGCCCCGCACAGGCUCUGCCUACCUGUUCACCUACGUGUCCAUGGGCGAGCUGUGGGCCUUCCUCAUCGGCUGGAACCUGGUGCUCGAGUACGUCAUAGCUGGUGCUGCUGUGGCCCGCGCCUGGAGCGGCUACCUGGACGCCAUGUUCGACCACCACAUCCGCAACUUCACCGAGGCCCAUGUGGGCAUCUGGCAGGUGCCCCUCCUGGCCAGAUAUCCUGACUUCCUGGCUGCCGGCAUCCUACUUUUGGCCUCCACCUUCGUCUCCUGCGGAGCCCGUGUCUCCUCCUGGCUCAACCACACCUUAUCUGCCAUCAGCAUGGUCGUCAUCCUCUUCAUCAUCAUCCUGGGGUUCGUCCUCGCCCGCUCACACAACUGGGGCAAGGAGGAGGGCGGCUUUGCGCCCUUCGGCUUCUCCGGUAUCAUGUCCGGCACCGCGACCUGCUUCUACGCCUUUGUGGGCUUUGACGUCAUUGCCGCCUCUAGUGAGGAGGCCCGGAACCCGAAGCGAGCCGUGCCCCUGGCCAUUGCCAUCUCGCUUGGCCUCGCGGCCAGCGCCUACAUCCUGGUCUCCACUGUGCUCACCCUCAUGGUGCCCUGGCACAGCCUGGACCCUAAUUCAGCGCUCGCUGACGCCUUCUACCAGCGGGGCUACAGCUGGGCUGGCUACCUCGUGGCGACUGGCUCCAUCUGCGCCAUGACCACUGUCCUGCUCAACGGUCUCUUCUGCCUUCCCCGCAUCAUCUACGCCAUGGCCGCCGAUGGGCUCUUCUUCCAGGCGUUUGCCUACGUGCACCCCCGGACACAGGUGCCUCUGGUAGGCAUCCUGGUGUUCGGGGUUCUCACGGCUUUGGUGGCGCUGCUGCUGGACCUCGAGGCAUUGGUCCAGUUCCUGUCCAUCGGCACACUGCUGGCCUACAGCUUCGUGGCCAUCAGCAUUAUCGUGCUGCGAUUCCAGAAGGCCCCUCUGUCCAGUUCCCCAAGCCCAGCCAGCCCCCGCCCUGCGGCCAAGGAGUACAACUCCUUCUCAGACCACAUAGAGCUGGUGGGCACCGAGCAGGUUCCAGCCCCCGAGCCUGGGCAGCUGCGGCCAGCCCUGAGGCCCUACUUGGGCUUCCUGGAUAGGUGCAGCCCUGGAGUGGCCGUGGCUUCAGCGAUCUGCGUCCUGGUGGCCUCAGCCAUCACCCUGGGCUGCGUGCUGAUCUUCGGACACUCAGCCCUGCACCUCCCUCGCUGGGGCUACAUCCUGCUGCUUCUGCUCUGCGGCAUCAUGUUUCUGCUCAGUCUCCUUGUCCUGGGGGCCCACCAGCAGCAACGCCAGCAGGACACCUUCCAGAUCCCCAUGGUGCCCCUGAUUCCAGCCCUGAGCAUUCUCCUCAACAUCUGCCUCAUGCUGAAGCUGAGCUACCUGACCUGGGUGCGCUUCUCCAUCUGGCUGCUGAUCGGACUCUUGGUAUAUUUCGGCUACGGCAUCUGGCACAGCAAGGAGAACCAGCGGGAGCUGCCGGGGGUGACCAUCACAUGCUAUGUGGUUUUCCCUAGUGGCAGCCUGGAGGAGACAGUGCAGGUCGUGCAGCCCCCCAGCCAGGCGCCAGCCCAGGAGCCCAGCAGUCCAUGAGAGCUGCCUGCCCUCCAUCCAAGGCAGCUCCGGUUUGCGGGCCUGCCCACGCUAGGGGGUCCUUUGGACUGUAGUUCAGGGGCCGAGCUUCGAGUCUUUGGAGCCGGUGUGGCCAGCGCUGGUGUGGUGGACUCUUUGCGCAGUGCCUUCCAGUUUAUGACCAACUCCAGGAAC